CUUUAAAAAAGUUUUUAAGGAAGUGUCUAAUCUGAAAAGAUCCCUUUUUUAUAUAGCAAAUACUAGUAUUAUUAUAAAAAAUCAAUUAAUUUAAUAUUCCAAAAGCUAACGCUUAACCGCCGAUCCGAACGGAUUCUCGCCUCCUUCCAUGCUUAUCUGAUUGCAAAUUCUUUUUCUUUUUUAUUUUAUUUUCCGUAUUAAUUUAAUUCCCCUUUUUCCGCGAACCCAUUCAGAAUUUUAUCCAAAUUGAAUUUGAAUUUGCCGAAACAGAGAAGCCAAAUCGAACUUCAAUUCAGAGCUGUUUUUGCGUUGGAUUUGAUUUCCGCGUUGUUUUGUUUUUGUUUUUUUAUGGCUGCGAGCGCUAAUCCUUCAGCUGGGGGGCAUAGCAACGUCAGUAACGGUGCCAAUACCGGUAAUAGUAAUGGCGGCGGAUCGGAGAAGGCGAACGGCGGCGGGGGAGCGUCGGCGACGGAGAAUUCAGCGGUCGAGCCGAUCCAAGGAGGGCUCCGCCAUAAUCCUGGAAUAUCACUUGAUUGGACGACCGAGGAACAGUCGAUGCUCGAAGAUUUGCUGGCAAAAUAUGCCUCACAAAAAGCUGUUGCCCGUUAUGCUAUAAUUGCUCAAGCUUUAAAAGAUAAGACAGUACGGGAUGUUGCAUUACGUUGCAGAUGGAUGAGUAAAAAGGAGAACGGCAAGAGAAGGAAAGAUGAUAAUAGUUCAUCAAGGAAAAAUAAAGACAAAAAGGAAAAAGUUUCAGAUCCAUUGCCAAAAUCAUCUCAAGUAGCAAACCGCACCAAUGGCCCUGCCUAUGCUCAGUCAAUGAUGUCAGUGGACAGCGAUGACGGAAUCCCAUUCAAUGCUAUCGGUGGUGCUGCUGGACAGCUUCUUGAGCAUAAUGCUCAGGCCCUGGAUCAAAUUUCUACCAACUUUUCUGCUUGCAAGAUUCAUGAGAACAUCAGUCUCUUUUGCCAAGCUCGAGCUAAUAUCAUUUCAAUCUUAAAUGACUUGGGUGAUAUGCCAGAGUUAAUGAAGCAGAUGCCUCCUCUUCCAGUCAAGCUGAACGACGAGCUGGCCAACUCCAUUCUCCCUCGGACACCCCUACCUAAGAAAUCUUGAUUCGCUCACACCACCUGAAGAUAGCGACUCUGAGUUGCUGCUAAAAAACAGGACUCCAUAACACGAUCAGGUUUGCAGCCAGUCAGCUCUAGUUUAAAUGGAAACUUUGUCAAAGAUUCAGCUACUCGGAGCUCUCGUCUUGCAUCUCAAGGGCACCAGUUUCCUGUGUUGUUGUUUCUUGGUUGAAAUUUCUCUCUGCUUUUGCUUCAGUUGCUUGAUUUAGUUAUGGAAGAUAUGUCAGGCGUAAUAUAGAACUCUAAUUCUUAGUCUUGUAAAUAACUGUGGGCAAGAAAGAUUCAUCAAGUUUAUUUGAUGGGCGUUUUACUUUUAA